AAGACUAAGGCAUGAGCGAAAUACAGUUUAGAUAACCCUUCUCCAAUUGCCACCUCACGCAUCUCUCUCGCUCCGAAUUUCAAUAAACCAGAAGCUCCGUAUUACACGAGAAAUCCAUUUCAAUCCUUCUUCCCUUUCCAUUCAGACAAAAAAAGAAAAAUCACAUAUUUAUCAAAGAAAAGAGAAGAGAGAGGCAGUGCAAGAAAGUAGACAGUCGAAACCCUAAAAAUAUGCUUCUAGGGUUUCGUAGAACCCAAUCGAUAGAAAUCAGUGAAGGAUUUAUUAGUUUUUGUAUUUAAAUACAAUACAAUAAAAUGGGAGGCGAGGAAAUUAAUCGGAGUAAGGAUAAUCCGUGGCCGUCUCCAAACAGACCGCCACCGUACCAAGGAAAAUCCGAAGACAUGAGUCUCUGGGGAGUUGUCAUGUUCGGUCUAAUUGGUGCCACUGCCACCACCUACGCUGCCAGACGGCUGCGGUGGACUAUUGAUGAGUUGUAUGCUCAGCUAACCAGGUCACAAUCAGCAUGGAAAGGAGCAACUGGAUCUGCCAGGUCAUUUCGGACAUAUUUUCAGGAGGAAGCGUGCAAGAAUUACAAUCGUCGAAUGCAAGAAGCAUAUGAAGAGGAAAUGGAGAGAGUGGAGCGUAUAAGACGUAUGCAAAGUGUGUUUAACCGUGAAAGGAACAAAUACACAAGGGACCAUGAGAAGUGGAGGGAAAAUGGCCCAGGUGCAUAUCAUCAAAAUUUUCAGCGUGAUGAUUGGUAUUGGAAAACUGAUACGUCUUUCAGAGAACAGAGAACUAACUUCAGGAGAACUUCAAGAGACAGUGGAAGCUAUUCAUUAUCACAUCAUUACUCAGUUUUGGGACUUGACAGGUCCAGAACAAUACCAUAUACUGAAGCUGAGAUUAAGACGGCAUUCAGGACCAAGGCAAAGGAGUUUCACCCAGAUCAGAACCAAGAUAAUAAAGAGGCUGCCGAGGCAAAGUUCAAAGAGGUGAUGAUAUCCUACGAGGCCAUUAAGCUAGAAAGAAAGAACACUAAAUAUUGAACUUCCUGACACUGGUCGAGGGGAUUGCAAAAUGUUCCUACAGAUGAAUACUUUAUUGACAGUGGUUCCUCCGGGAAAAAUGAAUCCAAUAGGAACUUAAUUUUGGGGAGAAUUUGUUAUUAUAUCGAUAGGAGGUUGUGUGGAGAGAAGUGAGUAUAUAUUCUUUCAGGAGCUAGAUAUAUAAAUAAGGCAAGGUAACUCGUGUGCAGAGCCUUCUAUGCCUAAUUCGAAUUGUGUAAAAUAUUAGUUGAUUUUGACUAUAGUACCCAGUUUACAUAUCAAACAAGCUAUGUCACGGGUUGGAUUUCUUUUCCUGGUUA